AGACCUCCAGCUGCUCACGACAGAGUCAAGGCGCAGUUUGAGAGAAGCCCUGCAGCUCUGCGGCUUUCCUACCACUUGAAAGAGGCUCAGGGCACGCAAACCACACCUCCUGCCCGUCCCUCCUUCUAGGCUCUCUGUCCACUGGCCGCUGGGUCCUCAACGUCCUUAGCCUUCUGCACGAAGUGGAGAUGCGAGAGAUGAUGGUGAGGGAGCUCAGCUCCUGAGAUCGCGCCAGCUGGCACGAUGAGCUUGCGGCCGCUGCCUCUCCUUGUAGUCCCAGGCUUGCUGCAGCUGCUAUUUUGUGACAGUGAAGAAGUGAUACACAACACAGAGAGUGUGGACUGGGAAGACAGAACUGUUCCUGAAACAUUGGUUGGAAAUCUGUUCCAUUCAAGGAUUACCAGUCCUCUGCGUCUGUUUGUUAAACAGCCUCCAGAUCCAAAGCCAUCAUAUGCAGACAACACGAAAAACUUUUGGGAUUGGCUGGCAAACAUAACAGAAAUUCAGGAGCAACUAGCAAGAACUAAAAGACGGCCAAUAGUGAAGACAGGAAAAUUUAAAAAAAUGUUUGGGUGGGGUGAUUUCCACUCUAACAUUAAAACUGUCAAACUUAACUUGCUCAUCACAGGAAAAAUUGUUGAUCAUGGAAACGGAACAUUCAGUGUUUAUUUCCGACACAAUUCAACAGGUCUGGGCAAUGUUUCAGUGAGCUUGGUACCUCCCUCUAAAGUAGUAGAAUUUGAAAUAUCCCCCCAGUCUACCUUGGAGACUAAGGAAUCCAAAUCUUUUAACUGCCAUAUUGAGUAUGAAAAAACAGAUCGGGCAAAGAAGACCGCUUUGUGCAAUUUCGACCCAUCCAAAAUCUGCUACCAGGAGCAGACUCAGAGUCAUGUGUCCUGGUUAUGUUCCAAACCAUUUAAGGUCAUCUGCAUUCACAUUAUCUUUUACAGUGUUGAUUAUAAACUUGUACAAAAGGUUUGUCCUGACUACAAUUACCAUAGUGAGACACCAUACUUAUCUUUUGGAUAAAUCUUUUCUCCAAUAGUAAUAGAAAUGAAAUAUUCAUGUCACUUUACCUAGAAUGCUCAUAAAACAGUGCCAGAUUUCCAUGGCAAAAAAAUCCUUCUAUUUCUGGCAGUGGACUGCAAUUCCUUGUCCAGAUUUCAAAUUUUAAAAAUAUAUUCAAAUGUGAAGUGCAUCUGUUUUGGUGAGAGUAACCUGAUCUAAAACGUUAAACUGACUGAAACCAGCAUUUUCAUGUAAGAUGGUAACAUUCUGGAAAUAUUGCUUCUCUGUAAGAAUCAUGAGCAGUGACCAUGUGUAAAGGGAGAAACCAAAUUGUGUAUGCAAUAAGCACUGCUCUUCAAAUGAGCCUGCCUUUGAAAUGCUUUGUAAGGUUUCCUUAGAAAGAGUAGGUUCAGUAAAGUAACUGAAGAAAUGGUAUUUAAGAGAUGGGUUGUGUUUUUCUGGUGUUGAAACCUUUUUAAAAAUUACUAUCUCUUGUUGCCAAUUUUAAUAGCUACAGUGUCUCAAGAGAAUCAAAUACAAUACCAUCUGAGCAGUCUGAGUAGAAAGUGCUUGAAGCACUUUACUAUUAUGACUCUCAUUUGAGUGGUAUUGGAACAUACCAUUUAGGUAUUAGAUAUGCAAAUGUGGAUUUAAGUCAACUCAACAAUCACGAAGAUGAUAUUUUUCAAUGUUGUGGGAUUAUUUUUUAAAUUCUUAUUCAUAUGAAAGUUUGGGACUUCAUUCCAUUAUUUAAUAGUCCAAUUUUAUAUAUACAUUUGUGGAACAACUCUGAAAUUGAAAGAAAGUAUUUCUGGGCAGAAAAUUCCACAGUCAUGGGUUCAUUAUAUGUAAGGCCUCAGAUUAGGUUUUCCUUGUGUUUGAGUAAUCACCAGAAUGAGACUAAGAAUUCUGUGUGGAAAUAAUGAGUUAUAUUUCAGUAUUUCUAAAUAUUAAGUGAUUAUAUUUAUAAUGUCUGUAUUACUGAGCUUUUGAGAUUACUUUACUCUCAGUGUACUCAUCUUCGAGAAAAGUUGAAUGGCCAUCUUUAUGAUGUACCCUGGCACUGUAUGAGAACAGAUAAAAGGAAAAAGACUGAUAGGACUUGAGACUUGUGGUUAUUCUCCUCUAGUAGAUAUUAACUUCUAUCUGACUUCUCAUCUGUACAAUGUUAAACAAGUAAAGUAUUCAAAUAGGACUCAUAGAAGGUAAGUCCUAACAAACAAAUGCGCUCUUGUCACAUUGUUCAGAAAGUCUACAGCUCUGUUCUCUAUUUUACAUUCCUAUUCUGUUCUUUUCUUGGAAAUAACUAUAGUGUCUUAUUUUGUCUUUUGUACAGGUUGUGUUAGGCUUGUAUAUGGUAGUCCGUCCAUGCUUGGUAUUUCUCCUUUAAGAUCAUUUGGUGCUUGAUUUUGUUGUUGGUAAAUAAUAUUUUGAGACAUCUUACGUUCAUCUAGAAACAUGAAUACAAACUAAUUAUUGUAAAAUAUAUGUGAACAUAUAUACUUAGGAUUUUCGGUAUACAAAUGAAGUAUGUGUGCAUUUUUAUGUAAAUAAAAUAAUUUACAAACUCU